AUGGCACAGCGGGCGGUGCGUAACAGCGGCAGCGGUGGCAGCGGUGGUAGCGGGCGCGCAGCGGCGGCAGCAGCGGCAGCAGCGGUAACGGCGGCAGCAGCGGUAACGGCGGCAGCAGCGGUAGCGGCAGCGGUAGCGGCAGCGGUAGCGGUAGUGGCAGCGGCAGCCGUCGUAGCAGCAGCAGCCGUCGUAGCAGCAGCAGCCGUCGUAGCAGCAGCAGCCGUCGUAGCAGCAGCAGCCGUCGUAGCAGCAGCAGCCGUCGUAGCAGCAGCAGCCGUCGUAGCAGCAGCAGCCGUCGUAGCAGCAGCAGCCGUCGUAGCAGCAGCAGCCGUCGUAGCAGCAGCAGUAGUAGUAGCAGUAGUAGCAGCAGCAGUCGUAGUAGCAGCAGCAGUCGUAGUAGCAGCAGUGGUAACAGCAGCGGCAGCGGUAACAGCAGCAGCAGCAGUGCAACACAGCAGCAGCAGCGGUAGCAGCAGCAGCAGCAGCGGCGGUAGCAGCAGCAGCAGCAGCGUUAACAGCAGCAGCAGCAGCGUUAACAGCAGCAGCAGCAGCGUUAACAGCAGCAGCAGCAGCGGUAACAGCAGCAGCAGCGUUAACAGCAGCAGCGUUAACAGCAGCAGCAGCAGCAGCAGCGGUAGCAGCGUUAACAGCAGCAGCGGUAACAGCAGCAGCAGCAUGAGCGGUAACAGCAGCAGCAAUGUUAACAGCAGCAGCAGCAGUGGUAAAAGCAGCAGCAGUGGUAGCAGCAGCAGUGGUAGCAGUAGCAGCAGCAGUGGUAGCAGCAGCAGUGGUAGCAGCAGCAGCGGUAACAGCAGCAGCAGCGGUAACAGCAGCAGCAGUGGUAACAGCAGCAGCGGUAGCAACAGUGGUAACAGCAGCAGCAGUGGUAGCAGCAGCAGCAGUGGUAGCAGCAGCAGCAGUGGUAGCAGCAGCAGCAGUGGUAGCAGCAGCAGCAGUGGUAACAGCAGUGGUAACAGCAGCAGCAGUGGUAACAGCAGCAGCAGCAGUGGUAACAGCAGCAGCAGCAGUGGUAACAGCAGCAGCAGCAGUGGUAACAGCAGCAGCAGGAGUGGUAACAGCAGCAGCAGCAGUGGUAACAGCAGUGGUAGCAGCGGUGGUAACAGCAGCAGCGGUGGUAACAGCAGCAGCGGCGGUGGUAACAGCAGCAGCGGCGGUGGUAACAACAGCAGCAGCAGCAGCAGCAGUGGUAACAGCAGCAGUGGUAGCAGCAGCAGCAGCAGUGGUAACAGCAGCAGUGGUAGCAGCAGCAGCAGUGGUAACAGCAGCAGCAGCGGUAGCAGCAGCAGCGGUAGCAGCAGCAGCAGCGGCAGUAGCAGCAGCAGCAGUAGCAGCAGCAGUGGUAGCAGCAGCAGCAGUGGUAACAGCAGCAGCAGCAGUGGUAACCGCAGCAGUGGUCGCAGCAGCAGUGGUAGCAGCAGUGGUAACAGCAGCAGCAGCAGUGGUAACAGCAGCAGCAGAGGUAACAGCAGCAGCAGAGGUAACAGCAGCAGCAGAGGUAACAGCAGCAGCAGCGGUGGUAGCAGCAGCAGCAGCGGUGGUAGCAGCAGCAGCAGCAGUGGUGGUAACAGCAGCAGCGGUGGUAACAGCAGCAGCAGCAGCGGUGGUAACAGCAGCAGCGGUGGUAACAGCAGCAGAAGCAGCAGAAGCAGCGGCGGUAACAGCAGCGGCAGCAGCAGCAGCGGCAGCGGUUACAGCAGCAGCGGCAGCGGUUACAGCAGCAGCGGUUACAGCAGCAGCAGCAGCGGUUACAGCAGCGGUUACAGCAGCAGCAGCAGCGGUUACAGCAGCAGCAGCAGCGGUAACAGCAGCAGCAGCAGCGGUAACAGCAGCAGCGGUAACAGCAGCAGCAGCGGUAACAGCAGCAGCAGCGGUAACAGUAGCAGCAGCAGCAGCGGUAACAGUAGCAGCAGCAGCCAACAGCAACAGCGUGUAACAACAGCAGCAAUCAGCGGUAACAGCAGCAGCAGCAGCAGCAGCGGUAACAGCAGCAGCAGCAGCAGCGGUAACAGCAGCAGUAGUAGUAACAGCAGCAGCAGCAGUAGUAACAGCAGCAGCAGUAGUAGUAACAGCAGCAGCAGCAGCAGUGGUAUCAGUAGCAGCAGUGGUAUCAGCAGCAGCAGUGGUAUCAGCAGCAGCAGUGGUAACAGCAGCAACAGUGGUAGCAGCAGCAGCAGAGGUAACAGCAGCAGCAGAGGUAACAGCAGCAGCAGAGGUAACAGCAGCAGCAGAGGUAGCAGCAGUGGUAGCAGCAGUGGUAACAGCAGCAGCAGCAGCAGCAGCAGCAGCAGCAGCAGCAGUGGUGGUAACAGCAGCAGCGGUGGUAACAGCAGCAGCGGUGGUAACAGCAGCAGAAGCAGCGGUGGUAACAGCAGCAGCAGCAGCGGCAGCGGUAACAGCAGCAGCAGCAGCGGUAACAGCAGCAGCAGCAGCAGCGGUUACAGCAGCAGCAGCAGCGGUUACAGCAGCAGCGGUAACAGCAGCAGCAGCAGCGGUAACAGCAGCAGCAGCAGCGGUAACAGCAGCAGUAGUAGUAGCAGCAGCAGCAGUAGUAGUAACAGCAGCAGCAGUAGUAGUAGUAGUAGUAGCAGCAGCAGCAGCAGCAGCAGUGGUAGCAGCAGCAGCAGAGGUAACAGCAGCAGCAGAGGUAGCAGCAGUGGUAACAGCAGCAGCAGCAGCAGUGGUGGUAGCAGCAGCAGCAGUGGUGGUAGCAGCAGCAGCAGUGGUGGUAGCAGCAGCAGCGGUGGUACCAGCAGCAGCGGUGGUACCAGCAGCAGCAGCAGCGGUGGUACCAGCAGCAGCGGUGGUAACAGCAGCAGCAGCAGCGGUAGCAGCAGCGGUAACAGCAGCAGCAGCAGUGGUAACAGCAGCAGCAGCAGUGGUAACAGCAGCGGUAGCAGCAGCAGCAGCAGUGGUAGCAGCAGCAGCAGUGUUAGCAGCAGCAGCAGCAGUGGUAGCAGCAGCAGAGGUAACAGCAGCAGCAGAGGUAGCAGCAGUGGUAACAGCAGCAGCAGCAGUGGUAGCAGCAGCAGCAGUGGUAGCAGCAGCAGCAGUGGUAGCAGCAGUGGUGGUAGCAGUGUAGCAGCAGUGGUGGUAGCAGCAGUAGCGGUGGUAACAGCAGCAGCAGCAGCGGUGGUAACAGCAGCAGCAGCAGCGGUGGUAACAGCAGCAGCAGCAGCGGUGGUAACAGCAGCAGCGGUGGUAACAGCAGCAGCAGCAGCGGUGGUAACAGCAGCAGCAGCAGCGGGGAUAACAGCAGCAGCAGCAGCGGGGAUAACAGCAGCAGCAGCAGUGAUAACAGCAGCAGCGUGCGACAACAGCGGUGAUAACAACAGCGGCAACAGCAGCAGCGGUGGUGGCAACAGCAACAGCAGUGGCAACAGCAACAGCGGUGAUAACAACAGUGGUAGCGACAACAGCGCUGAUAACAACAGCGACAGCAGCAUGGCCCGCAGCAGUGGUAUCAGCAGCAGCAGUGGUAACAGCAGCAGCAGUGGUAACAGCGGCAACAGUGGUAGCGGUAACAGCGGCAGCAGCGGUAACAGCAGCAGCAGCGGCAGCAGUGGUAACAGCAGCAGCAGUGGUAACAGCAGCAGCAGUGGUAACAGCAGCAGCAGUGGUAACAGCAGUGGUAACAGCAGUGGUAGCAGCAGCAGUGGUAGCAGCAGCAGCGGCAGUGGUAGCAGCAGCAGCGGCAGCGGUAGCAGCAGCAGCGGCAGCGGUAGCAGCAGCAGCGGCAGCGGUAACAACAGCAGCAGCAGCGUUAGCAGCAGCGUUAACAACAGCAGCAGCAGCGUUAACAACAGCAGCAGCAGUGGUAACAGCAGCAGCAGUGAUAACAGCAGCAAUGACAACAAUAACAACAACAAUGACAGCAAUGAUGGUAACAAUGACAACAAUGAUGGCAACAAUGACAACAGCAAUGAUGGUAACAACAAUGACAGCAAUAGCAGCAGCAACAAUGAUAACAACAGCAGCAGCCAUGAUGGCAGCAAUGACAGCAAUGACAGCAGCGACAGCGAUAGCAACAGCGACAGCAAUGAUAGUAACAACAAUGAUGUGACAGCAACAGCAACAGCAGCGAUAGCAACAGCGGAUAGCAAGCAGCAAUGA